GCCACAGCCGCGCCUCGGAAGCUCGCGGGGAAAUGGCACACGGGACCGACGGGGCCCGCCCGCUGCGCGCCUCGCCGAGCCGCUCCUUCCCGUAACCCGCCACGGUCCUACUCGCACGGCCCGCCGACCCGGCCGCCGGGCUGGCGCCGAGCCCCAGGGACCCGCGGCCGCCGCCUCCGGCUGACCCCGCGACCCCGGGUGCCCAGUCAUGACGCUCGUGCUGUCCACGAACCCUUUCCGUGAGACCAUUGUCCCGGAGGAUGCCGCGGAGGUUCCCAGCUACCCCACACUCUGGGAUGCUGCAGACAGCUAUGGGGAUACCAGCCCCCCAGGGCCAGCACUGGCCCCUCAGGAGGGAGAACGAGGGGCCAGCUCCCCACUGACAGGACCUCCUUUACGAGGGGUUGAGCCCCCGCUGACGGCACCCAGGGUCUCAUGCUUUAAGAGGAAGUGCACAGAAGAGGAGGACGUUCAUCGCUGUAGCCAUCAACCCAUCUCCGUGCUUGAGGAGCGAGCCCACAUCCUGUACAUGUCCCUGGAGAAGCUCAAGUCCAUGGAUGACCCCGAAGUGUACCUGCGGAGGGCUGUACUCAUCAACAACCUGAUGAAGAGAGUCCACGGGGACAUCCUGCGGCAGAGUGCCUGGUGCUUCCCCACCUGCACCCUGGGCAGCACCUCCGCCCAGGACUGGCUAUUGGCCCAGGACUGUCACCAUCAGAAACGCGUGCGGGUGGCCAAGGAGGAGUGGGAGAAGGUCCACGCCUGCUGUUUGUACCAGGAAUGUGGCGGACACUGCCUGAGUGUGCCCCUGUGCAUCAGCACUCCUGUCACCAGUGCCUCCUCCGCCUCCUCCUCCUCCACCUCCUCCUCUUCCUCCUGUCCUUCCUUGCCCACCCCUUCCCCACCUCUGCCUUUCUCAAGCUGCUCUGCACAGGCAGAUUUGGAUAUGGGGCCGGUACCACUCUUCAAAGACAGCGCGCAGAUGCCCACAGGCGGAGUCUUUGCUGUUGGUCCCCGGUCUCUUGGGGUUCCGGAAAAGACUAAGUUCAUUAACACCAGCAGUGAGGGCAGCCAGGAUGGGGGCACUCCUAAUCCUGAGGCCUCGCAGAGUGACCUGGAGAUUGAAUGCCCAGGGUUGUCCUAUGGCUCCUUCGAGCCAGGCAGCAGCGACAGAAGGCCGGUGGUCAGUGAGUGCUGGCGACGGCCAAUGGUCCGGAGGGAGGCAGUGUCCUUUGCUGACCGGCCGUGCUGGAGCAGUGGGAUGUGAGGUGCAGCAAUGUCCCUGGAACAGGCAGCACAAGGCACAGCCCCUUAGCACUCACCGAUUUGAUGGUGAUGGAUCUUGCAGUUUUGUAUGAUGGGUACAGAUGUGUGGCUGCUGGAUGUCUGUACCUCAGUGGGUCUGCACCGGCUGCUUCCACUGGCAGGCACCUUAAACCACAGCUUUCCUCUGGAGAGCAGUCUAUUCAGUUGCCCUGGGCAAAAGGUGCUGUUUCGAAAUUUCCAGGCCCUCUGUGGAGGCAGCCAUAGCCCAGAAUCCCCAAUGAGACUGCUGAUUCCGGAUGACAAGAGGUGGAUAUUGCCUGUAUGGGGUCUGCUUCUGGACCAGGCUGGCUGAUCCAGCCCUUCUGAAUCAGAGACAGGCACAGGGCAUGGAGCCCUCUUUAAAACAGGAUGGAUGGACACGGGGCGACCUUCGGUGCCUUAUUUUAUCUUAAUUUUUGCCCACGUGAAAGUUAAGGAUGAGUCAGUGACAGCAGGGAUUUCGCAGGCAGGAAACAAGCCCGUCCCAUGGGUGCAGCACUAAUGGGAACUGCGCCCUUCACUCUGGGUUCACUUUGGAUUUGCCAUCUCUGUUCUUCCUUUUUUUUUUCGGUGCCCAAUUGCUUUCGGAUGUGGCAUGUUUGCCAGGGGUAGAGGAGAGGAGGGUGUGGGGGUGUGACUGCCGGGCCACCUGGGGUUGGGGCCGGUGGUCUUGUUUCAUUUGUUUUCUUGUUCAUGACCCAGUGGCAUGCGCUCUAUCUACAUUGAUCUGUUUUGCAUUAUUUCUCUCGUUUAGGUGAUAAAAGCAUGAGGUUUUGUUUUGUUUUUAAUUGAUGACUUACACUGUUGAUUGCGCACAAUGUCAGCAUAUCGGCACAUGGUGUGGGACCAGAGACUACAGAAUGUUUUCAGUGGGGGGAAUGAUAUUUUGGAAAAACGAGGCCCCCUCUCCUUCCUCUGUAGUAGCUGCCCUGUCUGGGGUCUGUCUGUAUCUUUUAGAAUCAUUUCUUGAGCAUUUGUGUUUGCAAGAGGUCUCAGAGCAUCCUUCUCUGGUCAUGCCGACCUGUCCUGAGAUGGAGGCCAGGUUUGAGCUUAAGAACUGCCUUGGGCCUCCAUACUCCAGGCUUCCCAGAACCCAAAUGCUAAACGAAGGGGGCAAGAUGGGACUCCCAGUUUCUCUGAGAUAAAGCUUUUUAAAUUGUUGCCAUUACUCUGAACCCAGGGCCUCUCUCCUACAGUGUAUUGAGGAGCAGCUUUGGGGGGGACCCAGUACCCACAAGGACCACGUUUUUUAAUGCGUUCUUGUGUUCUGGCUAAAUAGUUUAGCGAUGUUUUUGUUCUUUAUUUUCAACCUUUGAUAAACAUUUGAUGUUGAAACCUUAGCUGAUAGAUGCUUGUAUAAAGGAUGUGUUGUAAUAAAGUGAAGUUUUCUUGGUAUAUAUUUAUUAAAAUGCUCAAAAUUCCUUACGUUGUUCUCA